CCUCAAAGAACGAGCGAAGAACUUGUUUUCUGUAUUGUCACUGCAUUCUACUUCGGAAGGCGACAAGUUGUUACUGGUUAUCGUUGGAAAUUUUGAAUAAAUUCCUUGAUUUACUUGUCCCUGCACCAGUAGAAACCAUCCGGUUAACAUGUCUCGCGGAAGCAGCGCCGGUUUCGAUCGUCAUAUUACGAUUUUCUCUCCGGAAGGUCGGCUCUAUCAAGUCGAAUAUGCCUUCAAGGCCAUCAAUCAGGAGGGCCUCACCUCGGUUGCGCUGAAGGGUGAAAAUGUGGCCGUAGUGGCCACCCAGAAGAAGAUCCCGGACAAGCUGAUCGAUCCAUCGACGGUGACCCACCUGUACCGGUUGACCCAGAACAUCGGCUGCGUGAUGACCGGUCGGAUUGCCGAUUCCAAGUCCCAGGUCCAGCGGGCUCGGUACGAGGCGGCCAACUGGCGCUACAAGUACGGCUACGAUAUGCCGGUCGAUGUGCUGUGCCGUCGAAUGGCGGACAUUUCCCAGGUGUACACCCAAAACGCCGAAAUGAGACCCCUCGGAUGUAGCAUGAUUCUGAUUGCCUACGACGACGAGAAUGGUCCGUGCGUGUACAAAACGGAUCCGGCCGGCUACUACUGCGGUUAUCGGGCCAUCUCAGUCGGCGUCAAGCAAACGGAAGCCAACAGCUAUCUGGAGAAGAAGAUUAAGAAAAAGGCCAGCUACACCGAGGAGGAAGCCAUUCAGCUGGCCAUCCAAUGCCUUUCCACGGUGCUAGCCGUCGACUUCAAACCGUCGGAAAUCGAAAUUGGUCUGGUCACCAAGAGUAAUCCCACGUUCCGCACAUUGACCGAGGACGAAAUCGAGGUACAUCUGACGGCCAUCGCCGAGAAGGACUAAUUCAAAGUGGAUGCUCUUUGUUUCAGUUCAGUUUAUUUAAUUAUUCAGGAAAAGGAAAUCAUUAAAUAUAAAAGCUUACAUCUAAUUACACAUUCA